AUGCAGCUAUUGUUGUACGAAUCUUCCGAAGUCCACAAUUCCUCCUGUUACAAGAGAACGCAACAGUCCAUAAAGAAAUGCACAGGAGUUUACAAAACCACGUACGUAACCGUGCAAAAUUUUAACAUAAUAUUCGGUAAACUCCUGUUUGCUAGAUUGGUGUUGAUUUAUUGCGAAAUUAUGGGCAUAUUCAUGAUAAUUGUGCAGAGGCUGUUUGGCUCAGCGCCCAAAUUCGAACUGUUAUUUAUAGCCCUAUACGUUGCGAUUGUGGAUACAUUUUUCGUGGUGCGUUCGAUAAUUUCCUGCGAGAAUGUAGAAAAUGCCGGCGCUAAAUUGGGCGUUCUGUGCAGGAUUUUGUACACGGAAGUGCAAGAUCCGCGACUCAAGGAGCAACUCAACGAUUUGGCCAAUCUGAUAGCGGCCUUGCCCCUGAGCUUUUCGGUAUCGGGAUUUUUCAAGCUCAACAAACAGCUCAUUCCGAGCUUAAUCAGCGGCAUCACCUCCUAUCUGAUCAUUAUGAUACAAUUUAAGUCUCAAGAGGCUUGUAAAUAAAGGUUUAAUUUCUCGUAUAUUCGAUCGUUAAACGAUUUUAUAGUAAUUUUAUUAAGUAAAAGGGUCGUUUUAGUAAAAUAAUUGUCACUUGUC